AUGAUAUUAGUCGAAUAUGUACUUAUCAUAUUCUUAGCUAUUUAUUUAGUUCCAUGUAAAAGUCUAAAAUGUUAUGAAUGUACAGGACACGUUUCUUGCGGACAAGGACAAACUUAUCUUGCAGUUGAAUGUUCAGGAAAAUGUAUGAUCUAUCGAAAUAAUUAUGAUGGCGCAGGUACGAUAGUUAGACGGUGUUGUACAAAUGACUGUGGGAGUAAAGAUGGUUUGAGACCCUAUGAAGGAAGAUAUCCGACUUAUUUUUGCUCUGAAGAUAUGUGCAAUGAUGCUCGUUCAGAUGAGAAAUUGUUCGGAGAAAUAAUUGAUCCAUUAUUAACAUCAACAACGUCAGUUUUAUCAACUACUGAUGAUGGUAAGUCAUCGGCUAUCUUCAAUUUGAGAAGUUGUAUCAUUAGAAGAAAACGAGAUUUAGUUCUAGGUUGCUAUGAUUGCACUAGUUAUAAUUCAAAAUGUGGAAUUGAUGAGUCGACAAUCGUUUAUGGAUGUAAAUCAUGUGUGAUUUAUCUGAAUACAUUCGAUGAUAGCAAGUCUUUAACAUUAAUAGAAAUAAAUCAAAUAAACGUUUCUCAAUAUUCAGAUAGAGUCAAUCGACGAUGUUGUACAUCCAAUUGUGGAUUAUCUGGAACUAUUGAUGACUAUGAAGGUCGUAGAGCAUAUUUUUGUUAUUCGAAUCGAUGUAAUGGAAUUGGAGCAGAGUCAGUGCUUCUCGGCGGAACAGUUUCGAGUUCGAGUUCAACCACGACCAUUACAGUACAAUCGUCAUUUCAAUGCUAUGACUGUUCAGGACCAGAUUGUGGUAAAGAAGGAUCAGUUUUUUUGUUAAUGAAUUGUCCUACUUGUAUGCUUUAUCAAAAUCCAAAUGAUCAAACAAUGAUUGAACGACGUUGUUGUUGGUGGGCAUGUGGACCAUCAAAUUCAGUUAGUUCACACAAUGGAAUACAAACAUAUUUUUGUUCCAAUAAUAAAUGCAAUGGAUACGGAGCAGAAAAUGUUCUUGUUCGUCCAAUUAUAACACAAACGAGUACUACACAAUUAACAACAAGUACUCGGUCUUCAUCGAUCUGUAGACUUUAUUGUCAAAAUGGUGGAACACCAGAAAUAGAAGAUGGUUGUUUUUGUUAUUGUUUAGAGAAUACAUAUGGACGUGAAUGCGAAUAUUUUAAUUGCAGUCAACCGGAUGUUGAUACUUCAAUUUGCAGUUCUGAAAACCGCUCAUUAUGUGAAGAAAGUGAAGUGUUUGCAUUUGCAUGUCUUCAUUUGUGUGGAAAAUGUUAA